CCAAUUCCGACAACACCUAAACCUGGGGAAUUGUCUUUCUAGAACUCCGCAACCCAUCAUCGAAGAUAUCUUCAUCGCACAUCCAACCGAGAAGAGGUCUAGGUAUUUGAACGGAGUUCCAGAGCCCCUUGUCCUUCAGCGCCCAUAUUUGGCAAGUUAAGCGAGGCCCUCUGUGAAACAAAAGGGAAUUAGGGAAACCGAUCCAAGCUGAACAAUUAUUACUGGACAUCUUCCCAUACGCCAAUCACUAAAAUACAACUACCUACCUAGUAAACGCCGUUUACCAGCCACCUGAGAUAUACCUACCUACCUAGGUAACUUUAUCUCAACCUCACCUCUUUUUUUUUUUCCCAUUCAAUACAACACCCCCUUUCAUUUCCUUCACCAAACAGUAACAGACACACACAGAAACCGCCAAUAUGUUCCACCACACCCACGGCUACAAAUCCCACUCCCUCCAACUGGAGCUUGUCCACCGCCCCUCGGGCCCCAUCAUCCCCGGCCACACCUUCCGCGUGAGCGCCGUCCCGGCCCCUGUCCCUUCCGACCUCAACGAAGGCGACCUCCUCCUCGAGACUCUGUACAUCUCGCUAGACCCCGCCAUGCGCGGCUGGCUCGACGACGUGCGCUCCUACGUGCCCCCCGUGCAGAUCGGCGAAGUGAUGCGCGCCUUUUGCAUCUGCCGCGUCUUGGCCUCGCGCAGUCCCAAGGCCGCGGCGGGGGACAUUGUCACGGCCAUGAACGGGAUCCGCGAGAUUGGGAUCCUCAGUGACAGGCAUAUCGAGAAGCCGGCGUUUUUGCCGCCCGGGGGAAAGACGACGGAUCUGUUGGGUGUGCUGGGCAUGACGGGGCUGACGGCGUAUUUCGGCAUGAUGAAGAUUGGGAAUGUGAAGAGGGGGGAUACGGUGGUGGUGAGCGCGGCGGCCGGGGCGACGGGGUCGGUGGCGGUGCAGAUUGCGAGGAUCCAGGGCGCCAAGAGGGUGGUGGGCACGGCGGGCAGUGAUGAGAAGUGCAGGUGGUUGGUGGAGGAGGGAGGUGCGGAUGUGGCGCUCAAUUACAAAGAUCCAGAGUUUCGGAGAAAGUUCAAGGAGGCGACGCCGGACUUUGUGGAUGUUUAUUUUGACAAUGUCGGCGGCGAGCAACUUAAUAUGGCGUUGGCUCGGGCCAAUAGAGGCGCUCGGUUCGUCAUGUGCGGUGGUAUCAGUCAGUACAACGCCGAGCACAAGCAAGGGCCAAAGAACAUCAACAACGUCAUCACCAUGAGAAUCAGAAUGGAAGGAUUCAUCGUCUUCGACUACAAAGAUGAGUACCCAACCGCUCUCGGUCAGCUCGCCCAGUGGCUGGCUGAAGGUAAGCUGAAGAGAAAGGAGACCAUCCUCAAGGGAGGCGUCAGAGUUGCGGAUGAAGGCAUGGUUCAGCUGUAUAAGGGUGGUAACAUUGGUAAAUUAUUAAUCGAGGUCAAGAACCCGGACGAGGAGCGACAAUCAAGGCUCUAGAUGGUAACCUAGUUCGUGGCGUGUUCGGUUGUAAAACUAAUGAAUGAAAGUACAGGCGGGGGUCCAAUAUUCAACAGCUAUGUGUUCUUUUUUCCAUCUUAUAUCAAGAGAAGUGUCAACCAUGUUUGGGACCAGAAGCUUAGGUUCCCCAGAUAGUCGUGUGUAUGUGUGCUAGUUACAUGACGUUGACCCGAAGUACCACCCAGCAGAGAUUUCCUAGACCCUCGCCCUCUCAUGUGUAUGAAUCGAAGUCCGAGCUUUCGUCGUCAG